UCACGGCUACGUCGGAGGUCAGGGUUUGUCGCUGACGUCGUGGGGCUCGUGGUAGUUGGAAGGUUCGCGGGAAACGUCCCAAAACAAAUCGGCACAGAUGGGCACGCGGGCGGCGGGGCUCACGUUCUGAAGUGGAUUCGAAGGCGCGUGACGCUCGUGGAGCAACGUUCCCCUUCUGCGCUCGUGCUGUUAACGGACGCUAGCUGAGUGCGCGAGCGAGCGAGCCGCAGUUUCGCGGUCUCCGGACGGCAGACGGUUGGUUAGCUUAGCGCGGGGCUCGAGCGGCGGCGGCCACCUGUUGUCCGCCACCGGCGGUUGAGGCUUUCGCAGCGGGCGGAAGAAAUGGCGGAGAGGCCGGAGGACCUGAACCUUCCCAACGCGGUCAUCACCCGCAUCAUCAAGGAGGCGCUCCCCGACGGCGUCAACGUGUCCAAAGAGGCCCGCAGAGCCAUCUCCCAGGCAGCCAGCGUCUUUGUGCUGUACGCCACGUCCUGCGCCAACAACUUUGCCAUGAAGGCCAAGCGGAAGACGCUCAACGCCGGAGACGUGCUGGCGGCCAUGGAGGAGAUGGAGUUUGAGCGGUUCCUGGAGCCCCUCAGGGAGGCGCUGGACGUGUACAAGAAGGGCCAGAAGGGGAAGAAGGACGUUUCUGAGCAGAAGUGCCGAGACAAAGAGAAGAAGGCCGGCCUGGAGGCCGACAAGGGCCGGGAGGAGGAGGAAGAGGCCGAGGAGGAAGAGGAGGAGCCGGUAGGGGAGAAGGAGGCCGAGGAGGAGGAGGUGGAGAACUGAUGUAGAGGGGGGGCUCUGAAAAUCCUGUGAUUCCCCCUCAGUUUGUGGCUCUAACUGGGAGCCUCCAGCUUUCACACAUUUCUACUUUUGUACUCGUUUAAACGACUGACGGAAACUUUAAUAAAUGUUUUCUACUAAAAAAAGAAGCUUUCAGUCCGUUCGGGGCCGGCGAGCAGCUCCCGUUUAGCCACCAAACCUCCACCUCACUGUUCAGGGACGCUCACCAGAGGCCCACGUUUCUGAUCCCGCCUGAUAGGAAAAGGAAAUGUCUUUAAAAAGCUCUGAAUCUGAAGGUAGUUUCUGAGGUUAGAGCCCAAAGAGGAGCAGCUAAAGGCUCCUUUUCCUUCAAAAUCAGCUUAAACUUCACAUCUCUGCUUCCAUUCUUUGUGUUAUUUUGGUUAUUUUUUUCCUGGAAAAAUGAUUAAAUAUCAUGAUUUGA